CUGACACUCACUUUGCUUUCCAAACAUAUUUCAAGUUAUACGGUUCUAUGCUCUUCCGUAAACGUUCAAACGCAGAUUUUGAAGUUCUCGCGUGAAUAUUGAGAGGAAUAAACUCGUCCACGUAAAUAGAGUCAACUAGUGUUUCAAGUUAUUACCGCAGCCUUGAACGGCGCAUGAGAGAGACAGAGACAGCACCCUGCCCUAUGCGCUCAGAUUGAGGUGUGGCCUGUAUCGGCAGCCAUUGUGUUCGGUGGGUUCGGUGACGAGUGUGUGUAAUCAGAGGACCUGCUCAGAUGCUUUGAAUUGACUGAAAAGUGCCAGAAAUUUUAUAUUUCUCAAUGGACCAUCUUGCCCGCCUUUUUGGGAAUUGUGCCUCUGGAAAUGCUUCUACUUCAGAAUUCAUGGCCGCCAUUAGAAAGAAAUUGGUUAUAGUAGGUGAUGGUGCCUGUGGUAAGACAUGCCUUCUUAUAGUAUUCAGCAAGGACCAAUUUCCUGAAGUCUACGUCCCGACUGUAUUUGAGAACUAUGUUGCUGAUAUUGAAGUUGAUGGAAAGCAGGUGGAGCUGGCAUUGUGGGACACAGCAGGUCAAGAGGACUAUGAUAGACUGCGCCCACUCUCAUACCCAGAUACAGAUGUCAUUCUCAUGUGUUUCUCCAUUGACUCGCCAGAUUCAUUAGAGAACAUUCCUGAGAAAUGGACACCCGAAGUGAAACACUUUUGCCCUAAUGUGCCCAUAAUCCUUGUUGGCAACAAAAAGGACUUGAGGAAUGAUCCAAACACAAUAAAAGAGCUAGGGAAAAUGAAGCAAGAGCCUGUUAAACCUGAAGAGGGCCGUAACAUGGCAGAAAAGAUCAAUGCAUUUGCUUACCUUGAGUGCUCUGCAAAGAGCAAGGAAGGUGUUCGUGAAGUUUUUGAGACUGCUACUAGGGCCGCACUUCAGGUUAAGAAGAAGAAGAAGGGGCGGUGUAGGUUGUUGUAAAGCACCUUUUUUUUUUUUUUUGAAACACGUAAAAAUGAAGGAAAAAAAAAAUGGGUAGGCCAUGCAAUUGCCACUAGGCUGCUGAAGUGUCCGCUGAGGAGUUAGCUCUUGCUGAGCACAUCCACUAUGCGGUGGUCUAAGGCAGUUUCUGUAUGGUGUUAAGCAGUUGCAGCCAAACAUAUAAACAUCAUGAAUUCUUUUGAUUUGUAUAUUAUUAUGAUUAUUAUUGAUUUUAUCUAAAGCUCCAAGAAUCAAUUUGAAGCUUCAUCUAUAGUUUAGUCAAUGAUUCAUCCGGAAAAUACAAGGAUAUUUGUCAAAUAUCCCAUAGCAAUUUUGUCUGUAUUGAAUGGAAUGUGUUAGGUUAGACAGAGUUUUUAAAACAAAAUUGUUAACUUUUAGCAGCCCCAUGUUUGUUUAGCUGCUGUGAUGGACUGCAAUUUGUCUGGUAGGUGCUGUAUAUCUGAAAUUUUAUUUUUGCCUUGUUUGUCGAAAGAGCUUACUCCGCAGUUAACAAUAUGAACGAUCACCAUAUGGAAAAAAAUGGUUUUACAUUUGUUUGUACUCUAAUUGUAAUUAAAACAUAAAUAUUUAUAUUUAUAGUUUAUCAUUUUCCUUUGAAUUGGAAGUAGUCCUGUCUCUACCGCCUGUAUCUUAGUACUCUGCAACCUUUUUUUUAAAAAAAAUCUUACUUCUAAUUUCAUGUUGACUGACCUCUCUAGAGCUCCUCAUGAGAUCUUUCCUUAUUCCUCCCAACAUUCUCUCCAUUGUGGUUAACUUUGGUAGACACAUCCUACAUCCUAUUAGCUUGUCAUAGGACCACUAUCUGGCCCUUACUGCUGUUCGAAAAAUUGACUAUGAAAGGGAAAUUGAUUUUGAUAAAAAGAAAUUACAGCAGGACAUUUAUGAAUAUGUUGCUUCAGAGCCCUAAGUUGUAGAAUUGCUUGCCGAUUUAUUUUUGUAUUUAAAAUAAUUGAGUCAAGUGUCUGUGUUCUGAAUGUUUUUAAUUUUUAUACUGUAUAUAUUCAGAAGUUUCCUUAUUUUGUUAUUGAACCUGAUGAAAGGGCCAACUGGUGUGGCAACAAGUAAUUUUGGUUUGUGCUAAUCUGUCUCUGCUUUUAAUUUGGAUGUCAACUGCAAAGCACAAUAUAUUCAGCUUGACUAAAUGCCUUUUCAUUUGGUAAAGAAAUAUUCAGGUACUAUUUACAUUACCUAUUUCAUAUUACAACAUGUGUAAUUCACAGAUGUUGAUCACUGUACAUAACUUGUCUUACCCCCAAGGUAAAAAUUGUGGGUGUUUCUAUUGGGGGUUCAACUCUUAUUUAUAACCUUCAAUCAAUUAUGUCUUGUCAUGUAACUUUUGUAUUUAUACAUUUGAUGACACUCCCUCAAUUGUUCUUCAAUCCAUAUAGUUUUUAUUGUGUGGGAGUAGAAGAAAGUGCAUUUUAUGUUUUUUUUUUUUUUUUUUCCUGUGUGCUAUUUGAAAUGUCAUGGUUUAGCCAUGAAACAUGCAGCUAUUAGUGCAUAUUUGGUAGGAUUUCAUUGAGCAAAAAGGAGGAAUUACAUGUAUAACAUUGACUCUACAUGAUUUUUUGAUAAUUGGGUUUCUAAUGCUCAAAUCCGUACAGUGUCCUUAAAGUUAUCCAAGUCAAUAAGGAAAUUAGACAAAUUGUUAGGUUUUCUGUUUAGGGCAAAAUUGAUCAUUAGUGUUUCCUGAAAAUAUUUUUGAUGUUUUCUUUUUCUAUUAUAACUCGCAUUGUGAACGAGUUAUGAAGGGAAAGUCUGAAUAACAGCUUUAACAAGUUGUAGCUUUGCUGCUGCAACAAAAUUAUUGACUCUGGCGAGAGUUGAAGUUAUACAUAGGGGUUAAGAUAGUAUGGGAGGGCUAUUGUUUGUUACGUGCUGCUUGUUUCCUUCCUACUGUUGCAUGACAGACUAUUCUUGAGUAUGUCUUGGAGCUUAAAGGAUAACAAGGUAACAUUUGAAUGACUUUUUUACCAAUCUUGUUUGGUGUGUUUCUUAUGCAUGAAUGCCAUUUGAGUGUGAAGUCAAAUCGUUGUCUUUCAAGUGUACAGAAUUUGUACCAAAUGUUUCGAGGAAUUCUUUGUCUUAGUAGGCAAUAUACUAUUAAUGAAAGUCUAAAUUCUAAGGUCCAACUUUUUGCUGCUUUCUAAAUACGCUCUACCCCUGUGUUCAAUCAAAUACCUAGAAACAUCGAGUAAUUUGCUGUGCUGCAUUUUUGUGCCAAGGCAGGGAAACAUCAGUGCUUUGAUAUUGAAGGUACAGCAACUUGUUGUUGGAUUCUUCGAGGUUUUUCAAAAUAAAGAUGGAAUAAUUGA